AUGCGGCCCCGUGGCUUCUCCUCCUACCUUGUCACACCCAAAGAGCUCGACGAAGCUCUCAAGAAGAAUGCUCCUACUGCCAUAUCUACGGCGCCCAAAGUCAUCCCCAUCUGUGCCGCUUGGUUCAUGCCCAACGAUCCCGAGAAGAGGACUGGUCUCCAGGUUUUUCUUGAGAAGAGAAUACCUACUGCCCGCUUCUUUGACAUUGAUGAGGUAAAAGACCAGGAAUCGGAAUGGCCACACAUGCUCCCAACCUGCGAUGCCUUUGCCGACGCAAUGUCCAAGAUGGGAGUCAGACGAGAGGAUGAAGUGGUUGUUUACGACACUGAAGAGCUUGGGCUGUUCUCUGCUCCCCGCGUGGCAUGGACAAUGCGGGUCUACGGUCACCCCAAAGUCCACGUCCUCAACAACUUCCGUCUCUGGGUCAAGGAAGGCUACCCUAUCGAGAUUGGUCCUCCAGAAGUUCCCAACAUCACCAAGUAUCCGGUCCCGGCGUACAAUACGGACAUGGUGGUGAAAUUUGCAGAGAUGAAAACAAUAGGCUACGACUAUGGAAAGGAGGGCUCAGAAGACAUUCAUAUACUUGACGCUCGGUCCAAAGGGAGAUGGGAGGGUACCGAACCAGAACCCAGACCCGGGAUCAGAAGUGGACACAUGCCUGGGUCAACUAGCCUACCCUUCCAGGAAUUGCUGGAUCCUGAGACGAAGACGAUGCUUCCUCCGGAGGAGUUAAAAAAGGUUUUUGAAAGCAAGAAACUCGACCCCAAAACACCGUUCAUCACCACUUGUGGCACUGGUGUGACCGCAGCCAUCAUCGAGGCCGCCCUCAAGGAAGCCGACUACGGCUCAGAGCAAGAUCGGAGACUGUACGACGGCAGUUGGACGUACGUGUCGUUGAAAACCAUUAACCCCAAGUAUAUCUGCUAA